GUCGUUGCUGGAUUGUAGCACGCGACGUAGACCAUCUGAUCGCGUGAACGUGUGCUGUGAUUCCCACAGCCUCACGCUUUGGAAAACUUGUACGGACAAGAUGAAGAUUUCGUUUUUCUCUCAAAAGUAUGUUAUCCCAUCCAUGCUGAACUUGUGUCAUAUUGUUCGUCUCGCUUUGUCUGUAGUUUUCGUCUGAUGAUCAUGAUUGUUGAUUGGAUGGAGAGUGUGGUCCUGCACAUGUCGGGGGGGAGGGAUUCGGAGCCGAGGAGGGCCAUCCUUGGAGCCAAGUCUUGCGCACGCGCCUGCGCUCCUCCUGGAUUACGUUUUUUUAGAAGUUCAAGUUUAUCACACUGCAUGUAUAGUGUUGGUUCUACUUACCUUUUCCGUUGUUUCUCUCGCACAGCGAGAUGCUGGAUUUUGUAGAGUUCCGCUACUUGUAGUACUUCCCGCCUUCUGCGGAAGAGGUGGGGGCUGAGAGGGGGGGGGGGGUUACGAAUCACCGCCAACUGUUAUGUACGAACUGGGCAGGCAACAAAUGAUUAUCAGUUGGUUUUCAAGGCUAGCCACUUGCUGGUGUAGAGCCGUUGGCGCGCAGGUUGGUGACCUGUUGCAUGCAGUCGUAUUACUAUGGAGGCAUUUUGCUCUCGGUGGUCUUGUAAAUAGUGGUUCUGCUUCUAUAGGUAAAAUUGAAAGCACGAGAGAGUGCAGCGAUCAUGAUCCAAUGAAGUGUGGUCACGAGAACG